AUGCUCCGUCUCAUCUUUACCGCAACAGCAAUAAUCACCAGCUCCUCGGCAAUCUAUUUCUACAUUUUCCACGAGCGGUUAUCAAAACGCAUAAAGCACACUUCCCAUCGCGGAACCCUUUCCGCCGCGUCAAACCCAACAACUAUAGAGUCCAUUCCAGACUCCGUAUUCAGCAAUGAGUACUUCAUGGUCUAUGACUACUCCUCCCAAUCUGUGCCGCGGAGCUCCCUUCCCAGCAGCGAGAUGACGGAUCUCUUUCAAAGACUCGUGUGUCGCAAUAUGAUCGCCUUCUCGCGGUUCCCGCAGGCACUGGUACUGGCUAUGGCUAGUAAAACCCCACAGGAGAAAAGGAGUUUUAAGGCUGGGUAUCUUAGUGCGCUGGAUUUUGAGGUUGGGGAUGUGGUUUGUGGAGUUUAUCGGGUUACGCUGCGGAAGAAGAAUCGGGUUGAGUUUGAGAUUAAAAUGGAUGCGAUGGAUUUUGUGCAGGGGAGAUUGGCUAUUAGUUACAGUGGGAAUCAGGGUCUAAAUAGGGAUGGCAAGCGGGGAGAGGGACCGGUCGUGUUCUGUAGCGAGACCGUUAUGUGGAGAAGAGCGGAUGAGGUUAGGAAAAUGCCGUUGGAGAGACCUCUUCUACGAUGGAUGCAUGAGACUGCCGCGUGGUGGUUGCUUGAGUCCGGGGUUAGGUAUCUCAUGGAUUUGGAGAGUUGA